AUGAAGAAUGUGCUCGCACACAAACACAAGUGGACGAGUCACAUGCAACAAACUUUGACGCUUGGCAUAGGAUCACUCUGUUGCCCAACCAAAAUUCACAGAGAGGAAAAGAAGAUUAUCAAUUAAAGGGGAAAAAGAUAGAAAAAGGAUGGAUAAUUUUGAAACGUAUAAUUUUCAGAAGAUUCGGAAUAAUCUUUGCUUUUGAGCGCAACAUACAGAUUAAUGAGCCUUGGACUCCCCCCCUAUAUAAACCCUACCAUCAUUUAUUAUUUGGCAUUCUCAAGAGCUCUCUCUCUCUCUCUCUCUCUCCUCUCUCUGUGUGUGUCCUACACUGAGCCACUUCUAUGGUAAACAUGAGAGGGUUUACCUUUAGAAGCCUCGCGUUCAUGCUCUUCGUUGUUUUUCUAGUUUGGUCUGCAAGUUUUGAUACCUGCAUUGCUAGGAGAGGCAAGCAUUGGAGGCAAAGCAGAUCAAACCCGGCUUCUCUGGCCAAGAAGAAAGGGAAAAUCCAUGGCAACAGCCAUCACCAACACCAUACUGGAGUACCAAAACCAAAAGCUCCUAAACAUAAAGCUCCAGCAUUACCCCCUCCUGCACCGAAAGAAAAGGCACCAAAACCAAGUCCACCACAGAAAGGUUCCACCACCUUUAAUGUGCUUGAUUUUGGGGCCAAGGGUAAUGGCAAGAGCGACGAUACAAAGGCAUUCCAAGCUGCAUGGGCAGCAGCUUGUAAAGUGGCAGCAUCAACGUUGAUUGUUCCAGCAGAACAUGCAUUCCUCGUGGGACCUAUUUCUUUCUCUGGUCCGUACUGCCAAGCAAACAUUGUAUUUCAAGUAAGUAUCAAAUACAGAAUUUGUGUGCAGAGAAAACGACAGCAAUUCAUGUUAAUGAAUGAUGAUACGAUGAUUUUUUUUUCUCAGUUGGAUGGCACAAUUAUUGCCCCAUCAAACGCCAAUGCCUGGGGUAGAGGUCUCUUGCAGUGGCUUGAAUUCACCAAGCUUGUCGGAAUCACAAUUCAGGGAAAAGGCACCAUUGAUGGGAGUGGCUCAGUUUGGUGGCAAGACUACCCAUUUGAAGAUCCUAUAGACAGUGAAUCGGAACUCAUUAUUCCACUGAACAACACAGUACAACAACACCCACCAAUGCCGAUAAGAAACGAGCUCAACGGGAAAAUGCCAAGCAUCAAGCCCACAGCACUAAGAUUUUAUGGAAGUUUCAAUGUGACAGUCACAGGCAUAACAAUUCAAAACAGCCCACAAUGCCACCUCAAGUUUGACAACUGCGUAGGAGUUGUUGUGCAUGAUAUGAGAGUCUCAUCUCCCGGAGACAGUCCAAAUACAGAUGGAAUCCACCUACAGAACUCCAAAGACGUGUUAAUUCAUAGCACAUAUCUUGCUUGCGGAGAUGACUGUGUUUCUAUACAAACUGGAUGCUCAAAUGUAUACAUACACAAUGUUAAUUGCGGACCGGGACAUGGAAUCAGCAUCGGAGGUCUGGGAAAAGAUAAUACAAAAGCCUGUGUCUCAAAUAUCACUGUACGAGAUGUUGUUAUGCAUGGCACAAUGACAGGUGUCAGAGUCAAGACAUGGCAGGGUGGAUCAGGCUCUGUACAGGGAGUGCUGUUCUCAAACAUUCAAGUCUCUGAGGUUCAACUUCCAAUUGUGAUUGAUCAAUUCUAUUGCGACAAAAGAAAAUGCAAAAACCAAACGACAGCAGUAGCUCUAUCAGGAAUCACCUAUGAAAACAUAAGAGGGACAUACACAGUAAAACCUGUACACUUUGCCUGCAGUGAUGCCCUACCAUGCAUGGAUGUCAGUCUAACUACCAUAGAGUUAAAGCCACUACAAAAACAGUAUCACCUCUACGAUCCGUUCUGCUGGCAGACUUUUGGAGAGUUGAAAACUCCUACCAUGCCUCCAAUUAGUUGCCUACAGAUUGGCAAGCCAUCAGGCAACCAUCCUCAGAGAGAUUAUGAUGCAUGUUGAUCUCAACCAGUCAACCAUUGGUGUAUUGAAUUGUGUGGUUGGUAUGAUUUCCCAACCCCUGUCACGCCAUUAGCUUAUUAGGUAAAGUUAUAUUUACUCAAUUGAGUUUUUAAGGAAUCCUCCUUUAGCAAUUAGCAGAAUUAUUUUGUGUGAGAGUGUAUACAAGCAUUUACUAUAGUAAGAUAUUAGAGUGUGAGGAUGUCUGGUUUGCUACUAUAUAUAAUGGAUUGUUUUGCACUGUAAAAUUUGGUGCUUCAUUAA